AUGGCCGUACCUCGUCCAACUAGGACAAUACGUCCUACGGGGACAUUUAUCCUUGCAGUUAGGGUUGAUGGAACAAACGAGCAGAAGAACAUACUCAUUACCGGUGCCUCUGGUAACGUCGGUCUUUAUGCAAUCCAACUAGCAAAGCUCGGAAAUGCUCAUGUCACUGUCACAUGUGGAGAUCGUAACAUUGAACUUGUCAAGAGCUUAGGGGCAGAUGAGGUUCUUGACUACAAGACCCCUGAAGGGGAAAAUGUCAAGAGCCCAUCUGGUCGGAAAUAUGAUUUCGUGAUCCAUUCUUCAUCGAAAGCAAUUCUUUGGUCAGUCUUUGAGCCGAACUUGAGCUCAAAUGGGAAGGUUAUAGACCUUACUGCCAACCUGAGCUGCUUCUUUACAUUUGUUCUUAAGAAACUCACCUUCUCCAAGAAGACACUGGUGCCAUUGAUCAUAAAUGGGAAGGGUGAGAACCUGGAUUUUCUUGUUAAGUUGGUGAAGGAAGGAAAGCUCAAGACAGUGAUUGACUCGACUUAUAUUUUAAGCAAGGCUGAAGAUGCUUGGGCUUGGAGACUUGAUGGCUGCAAUACUGGGAAGAUCAUUGUGGAGCAUUAG